GCCGUCCCGAAAACAGCUUCACGACGGACUCCGCAGCCGAGAUGACCCUGCAGCUGGCAACGCAGUGGUUCCCGCAGGUCUUCGCGGGCAGCACCCUGCAGCGUGAGCAGCGGGCGGCGCGGACGCGAAAGAUCCACAAGAAGCUCGAACGCCGCCACGAGGAGGUGGCCGCGGACCCCAACACGACCCGCGGCCUGGGCCCGCAGCGCAG